AUGCCCUUAAACAUGGCGAAGGUAGACGACGAAGGCCAGCCGUGUGCGGGAAAAGCCACGGCCGAUCAUCGCGUGCUCACGUCUGUCUCGCGCGCCUCUGCUCCCAGCUCCCGCCCCACGCGCCACGCCGCCGGCAGCGGCGGCGAUAGAGACGCCAUGGGAGGCGGCGCAGCCGUGCAGUCCGCCAGUGGGGCGAGCGGGGCGAGCGGCGGUAGGGGGGUUAGAGGGACGGGCAGCGGGCUGGUGGCGGAUGAUGGGGGCGAGUCGGUGAACCUGCGGGAAGGCGGGGGGGCGGCUGGAGUGGUUGGAUCGGCGCCGAUAUCGCGGCGUCGGAUGCGGCUGAGGCAAGGGGAGGCGAUGCGGCGGCGAGGCAGCGACACGUGGGGGUGGGUGCUGAGCGGACUGGCGGCCUGGUGCCCGGGUCGCUCGCGCCCAGGAGCACGCCGAGGCGCGUUCGGCCGCAGCAGCGCUGGUGCUGGCAGCAACAAACUGCAGGGCAGUCGGCGACAGGCGAAGAGCGCGCAAGGGUUACCGUUGUCGCUGAGGCUGUUCCUGGCGACGGCGGCGGCGCUGGCCGUGGUGGCGGGCAGCGCGCGCCUCAUGCAGGGCGACGACGCCCUCCCCGCGCGCCCCCUCCUCCACCUCCUGCCCGACGCGCGCGCCCGCUCACACGCGGCCUCCGCCUCACCUGUAUCCGCGGGGGGCGGUGGCAGGCGCAACGACUCCGAUGGGGGCGGUGGAGGGGUGGAUGGGGAAGGGGCGGGUGGUGGGUAUGGGGGAGAAGAGGGAGAGGGCAGCAAUGGGCGAGAUGGGGAAGGGCGUUGGGAUGUGGGUGCAGCGGGCGGUGGUGGCGAUGGCGGCACGAGCAUGGGUGGAGACGCGGGGUGGGAGGAGGACGAGGAGGAGGGCAGCCAGGAGGGCGAGGGGGCGCGCUGGGAAGGUGGCGGCGCAGGUGAGUCCGGUGGUGGCAGGGGCGAGCGAGAUGUGGCCGACGGGCUAGGGAGGGACGGCGAGAGCAAGGAGGAGGGGGAGGGCGCGAGUGAGGGGGAGGCAGCAGCGGUGAGGGGGUUGGGUGGGUGGGCGGGUCCGUUUGACGGCAUUGAGGACGAGGCCGUGGUGGUGCAUGGCUUGAGCGCCUUCGGCAUGCGCACGCCGCCACCUGCAUCGCCAUCGCCACGAGCGGCAGUGCGGCAGUGUCGGCAGGGGGAUGAGUUCAGGGCAGCGGUGGAGGGGCGGUCGGUGCUGGUGGUGCUGCACGAGGCGUCGCUCACGGGUGCACCACUGGCGGGCAUGGAGCUCGCCGAGGAGGUGGCGCUCUGCACCCGCCCCGCCCCCGCCCCUCGCGCCCGCCUUCUCCCACGCAAGGCGCCCACGCUUGUGCCACAGCGGCGGCGCUUGCUGGGUAGUGACGGUGAGGGGGGCAGGGAGCGGGUGGCACGGGAGGGCUGCAAUGCCACUUGCUCCCAUGCACGCUUGAACGUGCGACGGCUGUUGGGGCGGGUUGUGGAGGAGGGGGCGCAGCGAGCAGGGGGGAGGGGUAGGCGGGGUGCGCGAGGAGGGACAGCACACAAGGGGCAGCGCGCACAGCAGCGGCAGCAGCGCUUGGAGCAGCAGAAGCUGCGGCGGCGGCAGCGACGGCAGCAGUUGCAGCAGCGGCAGAUGGCGGCAGCGGAGCAGGCAGGCAUGGUGGUGGGUGGGGUGGGCGUGCACGUGCUGCUGCUGAACCGCAAGGGCGGGCUGCUGCCAGAGCUGCAGAGGCGCGGGCUCAGCGUGCUCAAGAGCAAGGGCAGUGACAGCUGGCGCGCCGCCAUGGCGGCUCACGUGGUGAUCGCCAGCUCCGCCACCGCUGCCUCAUGGAUCGGCGCAUACCUGGCAACUUGCAGCAUUGGCAGCAGUGGCAAGAGCAGCAGUGGCGAUGGCAGUGGGGGCGAGGGCACAGCAGGCACGGACGGCAGCACUGCCACUGACGCAUCUCUGCCCGUGGCGGGCCACGCAGGCGGGGUGAACGCGUGUGGGCAGCGCCUGGUGUGGUGGCUCAUGGAGAACCGGCGCGAGUACUUCGACCAGGCCAAGCCCCUGCUGCCACGUGUCAGCACCCUUAUCUUCAUCUCCCAUUCACAGGCUGCCACGUGGCGUGCAUGGGCGGCAGCAGAGGGCCUGCAGCUGCCCGACAAGCAGCACGUGAUUCCGCUGUCCAUCAACGCGGAACUCGCCAUCAUGGCAGGCCUUGCCCCUCUGCUCCCUCCUUCUCCCCUCCCUCUGCCCACUCUCACAACGUCAGCAGCGGCUGCAGCAGCAGGGCAGGGCAUGGGAGAGGGUAGAGGGGAAGGGGAGGGGAACGGGGCAGCGGAUCUGGCGGCGGCGUCAGCAGCAGCGAGGGCGCAGAUGCGGCGGCGGGUGCGGGCGCGCAUUGGGGCGCGGCGCAGCGACAUGGUGGUGCUGUGCCUGAGCUCCGUGAACCCGGGCAAGGGGCAGCUGGGGCUGCUGCAGGCCGCCCUGCAGCAGCGCUGGCACGGGCGGCGGCUGAUAGUGGUGGUGGGGGCGAUGAACGGCAAGAGCAACAAGGGCGAGUACAUAGUGCGCAUGGCGGAGGCCGUGCGCGAGCGCAUGGGCCAUGCCCACGUGGCUGCUCAGGUGAAGGCGGGCGGCAUCGUGUGGGUGAAUGCCACACUGAAGGUGGCGCCACUCUAUGCUGCCGCUGAUGCCUACGUCAUGAACGCACAGGGCAUUGGGGAGACGUUUGGGCGUGUCACUGUGGAAGCCAUGGCCUUCCAACUGCCGGUCCUUGGCACGGCAGUGGGGGGCACAGCAGAGAUAGUGAGGCACAACGUCACGGGCCUGCUGCACCCCGUGCGCUUCAAGGGAGUGCCACUCCUAGCACGCCACCUCGCCCUGCUCUUGCGCCGCCCAAGCCUGCGUCGUCAGAUGGGUAUGAGGGGGCGGGAGGAGGUGCGGCAGCGCUUCCUCUCACACCUCAUGUUUGCCCACAUGGGGAAGGUCAUUGGGGACGCCUUGCGAGCAGCCGAUGCAAGUCAGCACAUUGGAAAGACACAGUCAGGGGCACUGUGA